AUGACACGAGAUCGCCAUUACCCAUUGCAAGCUGACGUUGUUGUCCAAGAGGCGAAGGAGGAGGAGGAGAAAGACAAAAUCCCUCCAGUGCCCAAAACGAAGCGUAGCAACAAACAACAACAACAACAGCACCGUAGAGCCAAAAGCACCCCCAAUAAUAUGGCCAAUUAUAUCAAACAGCACGAGAUCCCGCCAGAUCCACAUACCUUUGGCACAACAACAGCUCCCCAUCUCAUUUGGGUCCCAGCGCAUAAACAUCCACAAAUAGCUCCUAGCGAAUUUGCAGCAUGGAUUGAAACCUAUACAGCAGCCCACCAAGAAGGAGAAGGGCGUGCCAAUUCAUCAUGUCUUCGUCGACAAAAGUCCAAGCUAUCAACGUAUUAUACCUCUGAUCAAGUAGAAGAUGAUAAAACGUAUGUCUUUGACCGAUAUUCAACAUCGGAAGACCUUUCGCCGAUUCUUGUACCACGUGAAAGUAGAUCAUUGUCUCGGCGUUCUGCAUUAUCCAGUCGUGGUCGGAAUGCUAUCCGUCGUAAAUCACUCACUACGAUUGAGGAGCGUCGUCAUAGCAACCACAAAGAGCAACAGCAGCAGGAGCAGGAACCCAUUCCAGCAGGUGGCAUUAAACUCUAUGAUCGACCUGUGAAUAUGAGUGAAUGGGUGGAUUUGGGAAAUGCAAUGGAAGAGGAUAGCACCAUGUUAUCACGCGUUCAUGAUGUUGAGGCGCAGGUGUGGACACAGCCGACAAAACCAACAAAGCGACGCAAUAUGAACUUACCGCCGCCACCACCGCCACCGCCACAUCAACAAUUACCAGUAACAAAUGAAAAGAAACAACCACAACAGCAGCAACGAAAGAGCCUUAAGCAAUCCUUUACGCUCAGCAAACAAAAAUCCAACAAGUGGAUGGGUGGAUUGUUUAAAAAGAAUGAGAGCAACAACAACGACGAUAGCAGCAACAACAAAAAAAGUGGUCUGGGUUCAUUGAUCACAAGGUCUUUAUCUCUAAAGUCAUCCAAUAGUAGUAAAAGGAAAAAGCAGCAUCAUCAUCGUCUAUCACAACAAGAAUCACGAUCAUCGCCACCUCCACCAACAACCACCACCACCACCAUCAUACCAACCAUGAUCAAAGAAGGUCGUGAGCGAUUGCCUUUACAUAUUGAACGUGCUAUUUAUCAUUUAUCGCAUGUCAAACUUACCAAUCCUAAACGACCUUUACAUCACCAAGUCAUGAUAUCCAACUUUAUGUUUUGGUACCUAUCGAUACAGCAACAGCAGCAGCAGCAACAACAACAACAAUUCAUGCUUCCUCCUUUACCACCUCAACAUCAUUAUCAAUCUGUUCUUCAACAUGGAUCAUUGAAUAUGUGUUCACCACAGCCAUGUUAA